AACAGUCUUAACACACUUGAGGAGAGAGUAUCAGAAGUGGAUGAUGAUGUGGCUGAUGACAUGGCAUCCUCUGAGCCCUUGAUGGGCUUCACAUCUGCCAUCGCAGAGAGAAGCAGCGUCAGCACCAGCAGCAGCCAAGGAAAGGGUGGCAGAUGGGCCAGCAGCGGGCAGGGCGGCAGGUGGUCCUUCAGGUGCUGUGUCAGAUGAGGCAGCAGGUGAGGCAGGAGCAGAAAGGGUUGCAGACGAAGGUGGAAGGGAGGGAGGUGGAGCUGGAAAGGGGGUUGCAGACGAAGGUGGAGAGGGCGGGAGGCGGGUACACCGUGGUGGUGUGGAUGAGAGCGAGUCGGCAGUCAAGCGAAAGAAGCUCUCCUUCUCUUCCGCUGAUGCUGCUGCUGCUGCCGAUGGGUCUGCUGCUGCUGCUGCUGCUGCUGCUGCUGCUGCUGAUGGGUCUGCUGCUGCUCGUGCUGGUGGAUUCGAAGAGGAGGAGCAGGAGGGAAGUGCUGGGCGGCUGGACUCAGGUGUUAGGGAGGAAGGUGAAGGAGAGGAAUGGGGAGGAGAGGAGGGGCGAUGGAGAGGAGGGAGGAGGGGAGGAAGGAGAGGUUGGGGAGAAGCAGGGGAAAGGGGAGGAGGAGCGAGAGGGAGUUACGGAGCCAGGUUUGAGUCGGCCAAUGGGAGGCGGCGUGUCAAUUGCUGAGCCAAUGGGAGGCGAGAGACAGUAUGUGAGGAAGAAGAGGAGAGGGGCGGUGGUGGAAGGGAGGGAGGAGGAGAGGAGAAUGAAGAGGAGAGAAGAGAGGGGUGGAGAGGGGUUUGAGGAAGGAGCUGAUCUUGCAGGAGAUGGAAGAAGGGUAGGGGAGGCGGGGGAUGGUGAAGUAGAGGGGGAGGAGAUUGGGGGAGAAGUUGACACGACAACGCAAGAUAAGAUGGAAGAUACCACGCAAGACGCAACUCAAGAUGUAACUCAAGGUGCAACGCCAAGUGAAACACAAGGGACGACACAAGGGAAUGAAGAGAGGGAGGAUGAGAGGGAGGGAGGAGGGAGGAGUGCAGGGGUACAGAGGAGCAAUUACUUCCUCAUUCGAGGCUACUGAGGAGCAACUACCCUCAUGAAUGGCAACCGAUGCAGGGUAUAUGUGUACUGUUCUGGUCCAAUAGAGUGAAUACAGUCUGUACUAAGAGGUAACAUGUAUACAUUGUAAAACGCUUAAUCUU